AUGAAGAUCCAAUGCGACGUUUGUAACAAAAACGAAGCUUCAUUAUUCUGCACCGCCGAUGAAGCUGCCUUAUGCAACGACUGCGACCACCGUGUCCACCACGCCAACAAGCUAGCCUCCAAACACCACCGUCUCUCUCUUCACACUCCUUCUCCUAAUCAACACCCUCUCUGUGAUAUCUGUCAGGAGAGAAGAGCUUUUGUGUUGUGUAAACAAGAUAGAGCGAUUCUCUGUAAAGACUGUGAUUCAUCUAUUCAUUCUGUUAACGAACUGACUCAGAAACAUGAUAGUACUAUUUCACAAAACGUAGCUGUGGAAGAAGGAGAAGAAGGAUGUGGUGGUUCAAGUAUUUCUAAGUACUUGAUUGAGACUCUACCUGGUUGGCAAGUUGAUGAUUUUCUAGAUUCUUCUUCUGUUCCCUUUGCUUUCUCUAAGGGUGAUGAAUUGUUUGAAGAAAAUCUUGAUUCAUUUUUUCCCAAUAGUAACAUUGGGAUCUGGGUUCCUCAAGCACCACCACCAUCUCUAUAUUCUUCUUCACAGAUGAUGAUGGGUCAGAGUGAGACCAAGAAAAACAGCAACAUCAACAGAUCAAGGUUGAGGGAUGAUGGUAACAUUUUCACAGUUCCACAGAUUAGUCCUGCUUUCAGUUCCAAGAGAACAAGAUAUCUAUGGUAG